CACAAGUCGCCAAGGCCAGUGGAGGCGCAGCCCACGGGACGCAGCGAGCGCGGAAAGGGACAGGGUCGCGUCGGGACUCAGGAGGAGGAGGAGGACGACGACGACGAUGGCUACGGCGGCGGCGAAGGGCCGGGUCCUGCCGCUGCUGGCGGUGGCGGCGGCGCUGGCGGCCGCGCUCCUCUACCGCGCGCCCUUCUCCAAGAGUAUGGGCGGCGAGGGGUGCAGCCUCCUCCCCCACGACCAUUUCUGGAUCGCCAGCGAGCGCGUCGUCACGCUCGGCCGGGUCGGCCCCGCCGCAGUGGAGGUGAAGGCAGGGCUGAUCAACGCGAUCACCGUCGGGGAUUACCGGAGCUUCCUUCUCCGGCGACCGGUGGUGGACUACGGUGACGCGGUUAUCAUGCCCGGACUGAUCGACGUGCACGCGCAUCUUGAUGAGCCCGGACGAGUUGAGUGGGAGGGAUUCUCUACUGGAACAAGAGCAGCAGCUGCAGGUGGCAUAACAACACUAGUGGACAUGCCUCUUAAUAGCCACCCUUCAACUGUUUCUGAAGAAACUCUCAAGCUGAAGGUGGACGCAGCUAAGGAUAAACUAUACGUUGAUGUAGGGUUCUGGGGAGGCCUCGUUCCAGAGAAUGCCUUAAAUCCAAGUGCAUUAGAGAGUCUACUAAAUGCAGGCGUCCUAGGGCUCAAGUCUUUUAUGUGCCCCUCGGGUAUAAAUGACUUCCCCAUGACAAAUUCAACUCAUAUUGAGGAGGGCCUGGUUACAUUGGCAAAGUACAAAAGGCCAUUACUUAUCCAUGCGGAACGCAUACCCGAUGAUCAGAUUGAAGAUGGGCUCGAUGGUGAAUUAGAUCCUAAAGCAUAUAUGACAUAUCUUAAGUCUAGACCACCAGCAUGGGAGGAAGCAGCGAUCAGAGAUCUGCAACGUGCAAUGAAGGAUACGGAGGUAGGGGGUCGGUCAGAAGGAGCUCAUAUUCACAUAGUUCAUCUCUCAGAUUCAAAAACUUCUCUUGGGCUUCUUAAGGAUGCAAAACAAAAUGGUGCAAGGGUUAGUAUAGAAACCUGUCCCCAUUAUCUGGCAUUUUCGGCUGAAGAAAUUCCUGAUGGAGAUACUCGUUUUAAAUGUGCUCCUCCUAUACGCGAUUCAACCAACAGGGAUAAUCUCUGGGAAGCUCUGCUUGAUGGUCACAUAGACAUGUUGAGCUCAGACCAUUCGCCAUCAGCUCCUGAUCUCAAACUCAUGGAGGAAGGUAACUUCUUAAGGGCAUGGGGAGGCAUAUCAUCUUUGCAGUUUGUUCUCCCUGUAACAUGGUCGUAUGGAAAAAAAUACGGUAUCAGUUUGAAUCAACUGGCAUCAUGGUGGAGCGAAAGGCCUGCUAUGCUUUCAGGACUAAAGAAAAAGGGUGCUAUUCUGCCAGGAUACCAUGCUGAUAUUGUGGUAUGGAAACCUGAGGCGCAAUUCCAUCUUGAUGACAGCCAUGCUGUCUACCAUAAGCAUCGGAAUAUUUCGGCAUAUUUGGGUAGGCAGCUUUCAGGGAAGGUACUGUCCACCUUUGUUGGUGGGAAUCUUGUGUUCGCUGAAGACAAGCACGCAAAGGCUGCCUGUGGUGCUCCAAUCCUUGCAAAAUAAAGUUCAGGUGAAUCCAGAGCUUACAGUUGUUGAUUUGUAGUGUAUACGAUCGUAUGCUCUACACAUUUUGAUUUGUGACAAACAUCAAAUGGCGAUGUCCCUGUGUAUAAUUUAGCCCAGCUCUUCCAUUGUUAUGUACCACUCUCAAUUCGAUUGUGCUACAUUGUGCUUCAUGUGAACAGCGUACCGUGAUUAUAUUUUUCUAUUAUUAAGAUACUCAUGUAAUCUAGUUUACGUGGAAGUAGAAGUCAACCACACUGUCAGCUGUUUAUGUAGAUGGAUUAGAAUAA